AAGUCGCAAGUGACAUUUAGUUUGUCCCUCAAGAAAUAUGAUGCAUGUUAUCCUAAAAAAGCUUGCAUGGUGCACACCUCACGUGCUCCGAUCCUGCAAACCGAACGCUACAGUUUGAGGGCACUAUUUACAGUUCAAUCUCGCUGUCAAAGGUUGAGGGAGCAUGCAGUUUGUUUUCAGGUUAGCUUUAAACGAGGUACUUCAAAGUGAGGUCUCCAACUGUCUGAGGUUAUAUAUAGCUACCAUUCUCCUUGCACGGUUGUGUGAGUCACCACAUCAUAUGGAGAAGGGACAACCGCUGGUUCACGAGGUUUUAUGCUAGAGUGAACAAGCCAAGGCAAAAUCUUUCACCCCGAAGUGUCUACGGAUUCUCCAAGACGUCAAGCAGCAUUUCUACAUGUGAGCUAUCAGCGUUUCGUUGAAUUAAUUCAGCCUUUUACGCUGUGCUGUAGGCUACGCUUGCUUAAUUUGGUUUCGCCUAUUUAUUUAUUCCCGCAUCGAUAAUAAUGGACUGAAAGUCGCGGAUAAACAAUAACUACCUGCCGUGAUUUCGUGUUUGUAUAAAUGAUAGAGGAUACGAUGACACUGUUGUCUCUUUUGGGUCGGAUCAUGCGUUAUUUUCUGCUCAGACCAGAGACCUUGUUCCUCCUAUGCAUAAGCCUGGCUCUGUGGAGUUACUUCUUCCACACUGACGAGGUGAAAACCAUCGUCAAGUCCAGCCGGGAUGCUGUCAAAAUGGUCAAGGGGAAAGUGGCGGAGAUUAUGCAGAAUGAAAAAUUCGGGGGUCUAGAUGUUCUGGACGCAGAGUUCUCCAAAACCUGGGAGUUCAAGAGUAACAAUGUGGCGGUGUACUCCAUCCAAGGCCGGAGAGAUCACAUGGAAGACCGCUUCGAGGUCCUCACUGACAUCGUGAACAGGAGUCACCCGUCUAUAUUUGGGAUUUUCGAUGGCCAUGGGGGAGAGGCGGCGGCUGACUUUGCCAAGGCCCAUCUGUCGGAGGCGUUGCGUCAACAGCUCCUGAGCUACGACCGGGAGAAGGAGAAGAAUGAGAGCAGCGGUGGUCUGUCCUAUUCCUCCAUUCUGGAGCAGCAGAUCCUGGCUCUGGACAGGGACAUGCUGGACAAGCUGUCAGCCGUCUACAACGAAGCAGGUACCACAUGUCUGGUGGCCCUGCUGUCUGAUAAAGAGUUGACGGUGGCGAACGUUGGCGACUCGCGCGGAGUGCUCUGUGACAAAGAUGGCAAUGCCAUCGCCCUGUCACAUGAUCACAAGCCCUACCAGCUUAAAGAACGCAAGAGGAUCAAGAAGGCUGGUGGCUUCAUCAGUUUCAACGGUUCGUGGCGUGUUCAGGGCGUCCUGGCAAUGUCUCGUUCGCUGGGCGACUACCCGCUGAAGAACCUGAAUGUUGUCAUCCCCAACCCCGACAUCAUGACCUUUGACCUAGAUAAGCUGCAGCCAGAGUUUAUGAUCCUGGCGUCGGACGGGCUGUGGGACGCGUUCAGCAACGAGGAGGCCGUACGCUUCAUCAAAGAGCGCCUCGACGAACCCCACUUUGGCGCCAAGAGCAUCGUCCUGCAGUCUUUCUACCGCGGGUGCCCGGACAACAUAACCGUCAUGGUGGUCAAGUUCAAAGGUGCCGGUGGCAAGGCCGCAGAGCAGUAGACCUACUGAUACAGCCAGAGGAGAGAUCUAUAUUAUAUAUGAAUAUAUAUGUGUGUGUGUGUGCAUAGGUUUAAAAGAAAAGAGAAAACAAGCAGUUUUUGGAGUGAGAACUGUUUGUAUUGAAGAUAUUUACAGAAAUGAGCCAUUCGCCACCAUGAUGCAAACACGAAAAUGUACACAUACAAAUUCACUCACACUCUCGAACCGUCACUUGUUUAGUUUUUUUCUUCAAUCCACAUAACGUAUCGUGAAUGAUUUUUAGUUGUUUUUUUUAAGCAGUCAUCCUCCAGGCCCUACACUGUGUUACUAUUUUGCAGAAGAGGUACACCAAGAUAUCAACAUCAUUUGAAGUCGAGACCAAGUUGCAGUGAUUUGUACAUCUCUAAGAAAACCUUUAUCAGCAGAUGUCAUCUGAUUUGGUGCUUACAUACAUCAGAGCACCUGUAACUGGACACCUGUUUGGUUAGCCGGAGGGGCUAAAUAGUUUCUGUUUAAAGACAGCUCAGACUAGACAAACGUAACUGUGUUCUCUUCUGUUUUGUCUGGCAUGGCCUAUUUGUUUGGGGGGGGUGCAAUCAAACAGACAGUGACUGAUUUGAUUAAGAUGGCAUUAGGAGAUGCAUGCUCUGCGGUCCUCAACAACGGACUGUUGCCUGCAUGAGUGUAUCAUGUCAAAUCACAUUCAGUUUGAUUCUUCACUGUCACCCCUUGAUUUCUAACGUUGAUCUGUCGUUCUAAACAUUGGCCAUCUUGUCUGUCGGCUCCAUAGACAUUUAAACCUGUCAGCUCCAUAGCGCCAUGUUGAUUUUUGACUUGCAGUUGAGUACCCCCAAAUGACUGCACUGAGAAUUGCAACUGUAUUUUGAAGUUCUGUAGUUUAUUGGUACUAAAUAUAAUAGAUAUCGUUCGCUCCAUGCAGACUACUAAUGAUGUCAUCUAUGCCUGUCUGUCGACAACGAUCUGUGGUCAUCCGUCUGCCCAGAAUACAUUUCUUUAACUAUAAUCCCAUGUUAACCCUGAUCUAAGAAUCACUUUGACACUAGUUGCACAAAUGUUUGCACCAUGCUGUUAUUAUUGUUAUGCCAGUCUUUUUUUCAUUAAUUAUACAAAUUGAUUUUCACAUGCGUGGUGGCAUUCUACUGUUUGAAUACCCGACACGUCUUUAUUCUGAUCAUUGGCAGCCGAUUGUCUUUCUGAAGUUGGGUUUAGUUCUAUGGACUCAUGCUCCCUCGACAUCAGGGACUGUCACUGUCUGUCAUAUAGUACAGCUUACUUUAAGUUUAUUUCUGUAAACUGACAGACUCAAAACGUAAUAUGAAGCCUUUGAAUGAAAUAUUUACCUGUUGCCUUAUUUUUUUUAAUAUACAUUUCCUCAUGAAUUUGUUGCCAAAACUAACUCCUUAGUUUGUAAUGUUCGUUAAACAUGCACAUCGCAUGUAGAUAUAUCUCACGUGUAGAAUACCAUCACAGAUGUCUCCGUGAGACAAGGAAGUGUGACAUGAAUGUACAUACAGUGCCUUUGGAAAGUAUUCUGACUCCUUGACUUUUUCUACAAAUUGUUACGGUACAGCUUUAUUCUAAAAUUGAUUAAACAAAUAAAAUUCCUCACACAAUACCCCAUAAUGACAAAGCAAAAACAGAAAUACCUUAUUUACAUAAGUAUUCAGACCCUUUGCUAUGAGACUCGAAAUUGAGCUCGGGUGCAUCCUGUUAACAUUGAUCAUCCUUGAUGUUUCAACAACUCGAUUGGAGUCCUCCUGUGGUAAAUUCAAUUGAUUGGACAUGAUUUGGAAAGGCACACGCCUGUCAAUAUAAGGUCACACAGUUGUCAGAGCAAAAAACAAGCAAUGAGGUCGAAGGAACUGUCCGUAGAGCUCCGAGACAGGAUUGUGUCGAGGCACAGAUCUGGAGAAGGGUACCAAAAAAAUGUCUGCAGCAUUGAAGGUCCCCAAGAACACAGUGGCUUUCAACAUUAUUAAAUGGAAGAAGUUUGGAACCACCAAGACUCUUCCUAGAACUGACGGCCAGGCCAAACUGUGCGAUCGGGGGAGAAGGGCCUUGGUCAGGGAGGUGACCAAGAACCAUCAGGUCACUGACACUUAGGUCACUGGUUCGCCUUCCAACAGGACAACAACCCUAAGAACACAGCCAAGACAGUGCAGGAGUGGCUUCAGGACAAGUCUCUGAAUGUCCUUGAGUGGCCCAGCCAGAGCCCGGACUUGAACCCGAUCGAACAUCUCUGGAGGGACCUGAAAAUAGCUGUGCAGUAACACUCCCCAUCCAACCUGAGAGCUUGAGAGGAUCUGUAGAGAAGAAUGGGAGAAACUCUCCAAAUACAGGUGUGCCAAGCUUGUAGGGUCAUACCCAAGAAGACUCAGUGCUGUAAUCGCUGCCAAAGGUGCUUCAACAAAGUACUGAGUAUAGGGUCUGAAUACUUACGUACAUUUAAAAAAAAAAAAAAUUAGCAUUUUAUAUAUAUAUAUAUAAUUUUUUUUUUUUUUUUUUUUUUGCUUUAUCAUUAUGGGGUAUUGUGAGUAUAUUUGAGGGGGGGGACAAUGUAAUUUUAGAAUGAGUCUAACCUAAAAAAAAGUGGAACUAGUCAAGGGGUCUGAAUACUUUUUGAAGGCACUGUACUGCUCCCAUGUUAUCUUCUUCCUCCACAUUUGCAAUGAAGAAAGCAAUGCACCAACUCUUUGGUUUAUUAACAAAAGAGGUAUUUUACUAGAUUAGUAUGUUUGUGCUUUUUCAGUUUCUAAAAAAUGUACAGUGGGGAGAACAAGUAUUUGAUACACUGCCGAUUGUGCAGGUUUUCCUACUUACAAAGCAUGUAGAGGUCUGUAAUUUUUAUCAUAGGUACACUUCAACUGUGAGAGACUGAAUCUAAAACAAAAAUCCAGAAAAUCACAUUGUAUGAUUUUUAAGUAAUUAAUUAGCAUUUUAUUGCAUAAGUAUUUGAUACAUCAGAAAACUGGUUGGUAGGUGAUCAAAUACUUAUGCCAUGCAAUAAAAUUCAAAUUAAUUACUUAAUCAUACACUGUGAUUUUCUGGAUUUUUGAUUUAGAUUCCGUCUCUCACAGUUGAAGUGUACCUAUGAUAAAAAUUACAGACCUCUACAUGCUUUGUAAGUAAGAAACACUGCCGAUUUUGCAGGUUAUCAAAUACUUGUUCUCCCCCACUGUAUGUUAUCAAAUGUUUAUGUGGAGUUUGUAUUUGUUUUUGUUGAAUUUAAGAAACUGUAAAAAAUAUAUAUAUCUGUGUAUUUUAAGAUAAAAUCAAACCGAUAACAAUAAAAGGAUUAAUGAUCAUA